AAUAACAACACGCCAGUGUUAUCCAUGACCAAAAGGAUUCACUGAAUCAAAAGGCUGGCUCAGGUUCAGCAGACUUGAUUCAGACAACUCAUGCACAUUUCCAAAGCCACAACAUAUAAACAUGUAAAAUAAACUGAUGUUUAUAACCCUAUACAGCUUGUACAGUGCUAACAUGACGUGUAAACGAUGAAUAAAGCCUUUCUUGUCCAUCUCAGGACUCUAAAGCGUGUUUAAUCCGGCUCAGGUUGAUGUGUAAGCAUGUUGCUAAUCCCGUUAAGACGCGUCCUCGUAGACACACAGAGUUAGCAUAACACUGCUUUGCUAGCAUUGGUUGUUUUGUGAUAGCGUGUGCUCAUGUACUGUAUGUUGGAUGAUAAAACGAUAAGCGUCUGCUCCUCAUGUUGUGGGAUUACUGCUGCCGGUGCUGUGGGACGCCUCCGAUCAAACGCCACUGCAAGCUGUCAAUCAACACCAAGCUCAACGACACACAGGUCGUUCUUCAGAACCUGUUAAUGUGUAUUGUGUGUUUCUACUCGCUGUACUACAUCACUCUCAGUGUGUGUAUCGGCAUCCUGAAAGUAGACGAGGAGGACAGCUUAUUAGCACCGUUCAACUACAAAAUGCAACCUUCAUGGAGCAACCCGAAGUAUUUAGCGAGCGUGAUCUCGACGGAGGUGACGUACAUCGUGGGAGGACUCGUAUUCGCCUGGAUCGUGGAGGAGUGGGUGUGGGACUACGCCUUCACCGUCACACUCCUACACAUCGGCCUCACAGUCGCUGUCAUGGCCGAUUUCCCUUCCACAGAACACUGGUGGAUCGCUCUCGGGUCAGGUUUAGUGAUGAUGAUCCUCGGCGGUCAGCUGUUGGCGCGUCAUCUUUUCCGGAAUCAUUUUGUGCAUCCCGCCGAGCUCCAAAACUUCUGA